CGAGGCGUGGGAGAGCGAUCCCGAGAGAGCUCAGGGGAAGUUCGGGCAACGGGAGGGGAGGGCGAAGAUUUUGGGGCUCUGAGAGGUCCCCAUGGCUGGAGCUCGCCGCCCCCAGUUCUGCUGCCUCAGGAUCUUCUUGCUCUUGGGGUGGCUGCUCUCCGAGGCCGGUGCCUUCAACUUAGACGUGAUGGGUGCUCUGCGCAAGGAGGGCGACCCUGGCAGCCUUUUCGGAUUCUCUGUGGCCCUGCACCAGCAGCUCCGUCCCCGUCCCCAGAGCUGGCUUUUGGUAGGUGCUCCCCAAGCAGUGGCCCUCCCCAGCCAGGCAGCUAACCGUACCGGAGGCCUUUACGCCUGCCCUCUGACUCAUGAUGAGAGUGAUUGCUACCGAGUGGACAUCGACCAAGGAGCUGAAGUGCAGAAGGAGAGCAAAGAGAACCAGUGGCUGGGUGUCAGUCUCCGGAGCCAGGGCCCUGGGGGCAAGGUCGUGACCUGUGCCCACUUGUAUGAGGCAAGGCAGCGGGUGGCCCAGACCCUGGAGACUCGAGACGUGAUUGGCCGAUGUUUCGUGCUGAGUGAAGACUUGACGAUCCGGGAUGAGCUGGAUGGAGGAGAGUGGAAAUUCUGCGAGGGACGGCCCCAGGGCCACGACCAGUUUGGGUUCUGUCAGCAGGGAACCUCCGCUGCUUUCUCUCCUGACAACCAUUAUCUCCUCUUUGGGGCGCCUGGAACCUACAACUGGAAGGGCACUGCCCGGGUGGAACUCUGUGCCCAGGGCUCCAUGGACCUGGCCCACUUGGACGACGGGCCCUACGAGGCGGGGGGAGAAAAGGAGCAGGACCCCCGCCUCAUCCCUGUCCCUGCCAACAGCUACUUUGGGUUACUCUUUAUGACCAACAUUGAUAGCUCAGAUCCUGACCAGCUGGUGUAUAAAACCCUGGAACCCGCUGACCGGCUCACGGCACCAGCUGGAGACUUGGCCCUCAAUAGCUACUUAGGCUUUUCCAUUGACUCAGGGAAGGGCCUGAUGAGGGCAGAUGAGCUGAGCUUUGUGGCAGGGGCCCCGAGGGCCAACCACACAGGCGCCGUGGUGAUUCUUCGAAGGGACAGUGCCAGCCGACUGGUGCCCGAGGCUGUACUGCCUGGGGAUCGCCUGACAUCUGGCUUUGGCUAUUCACUAGCUGUGGCUGACCUCAACAAUGAUGGCUGGACGGAUUUGGUGGUGGGGGCCCCCUAUUUCUUUGAACGACAGGAGGAGCUGGGGGGUGCUGUGUAUGUAUACGUGAACCAGGCAGGGCGCUGGGCAGGGGCUUCUCCUGUUCGGCUCUUUGGAUCUCCUGGCUCUAUGUUUGGGGUCAGUGUGGUCCACCUGGGGGACCUCAACCAGGACGGCUUUCCAGAUAUAGCUGUAGGCGCCCCCUUUGAUGGACAAGGGAAGGUUUUCAUCUAUCACGGGAGUAGCCUGGGGGUUGUCCCCAAACCUGCCCAGGUGCUGGAGGGGGAGGCUGUGGGCAUUCAGAGCUUUGGUUAUUCGCUCUCUGGGGCCCUGGAUGUGGAUGGGAAUGCUUAUCCUGACCUGUUGGUGGGCUCACUGGCUGACACUGUUGCGCUCUUCAGGUCCCAUCCAGUCCUCCAUGUAUCCCAUGACAUCUCUAUCUCACCUCGAGCUAUCGACCUAGAGCUGCCCAACUGUGCUGAUGGCCACAUGGUCUGUGUGGACCUCAGAGUCUGCUUCAGCUAUAUUGCCAAUCCCAGGAGCUACAAUCCCAGCGUUGGCCUGAAUUAUGUUUUGGAUGGGGAUACAGAUCGGCGGCUCCGUGGUCAGGUUCCUCGUGUAUCUUUUCUCAAUCGAAGUCCUACUGACCCCAAACACCAAACGUCAGGCACCGUGUGGCUUCGGCACCAGAAUGACCGAGCGUGUGGGAAUGCCACGUUUCAGCUGCAAGAUAAUGUCAAGGAUAAGCUUCGAGCUGUCAUAGUGACCCUGUCCUACAACCUCCAGCCUUCGAGAAUCCAACGUCAGGUCUCUGGGCAAGAGUUGCUUCCACUGGCACCCAUCCUUAAUGCCCAUCAGCCCAAUACCCAGAGGGCAGAGGUCCACUUCCUCAAACAAGGUUGUGGAGAAGAUAAGAUCUGCCAGAGCAACUUGCAGCUCACCAGUGCCCGAUUCUGUACCCGGGUUGGGGACACUGAGUUCCAGCCAUUGCCGAUGGAUAAAGAUGGAACCACAGCUGUGUUUGCCCUGAGUGGUCAGCCAGUCAUUGGUCUGGAGCUGACUGUCACCAAUCUGCCCUCAGACCCAGCCAAGCCUGAAGCUGAUGGUGAUGAUGCCCAUGAAGCUCAGCUCCUGGUUUCCCUUCCCAACUCUCUGCAUUAUGUUGGGGUGCGGGCUCUGGAGCCUGCGGAGAAACCCCUUUGUCUGUCUAAUGAGAAUGCUUCUCGAGUGGAGUGCGAGCUGGGAAAUCCUAUGAAGAGAGGAGCCCAGGUGACCUUCUACCUUAUCCUUGGAACUUCAGGCAUCACCAUUGAGACCACAAAGCUCGAGGUGGAGCUAUUACUGGCCACGAUCAGCGAGCAGGAGCUGCACCCAGUUACUGCCCUUGCUCAAGUCGUCAUUGAGUUGCCACUGUCCAUAGUGGGGAAGGUAAUUCCUGAGAAGCUCUUCUUUUCCGGUGUGGUGAGGGGUGAGAGGGCCAUGCAGUCAGAGAAGGAUGUGGGCAGCAAGGUCAAGUAUGAGAUCACGGUCUCUAAUCAGGGCCAGUCACUGAACACUCUGGGCUCAGCUUUCCUGAAUAUCAUGUGGCCACAUGAGAUCGCCAAUGGGAAAUGGCUCCUCUAUCCCAUGCGAGUGGAACUGGAGGGCAGUCGAGGACCUGGGCAGCAGGGGGACUGUGUCCCCAAGGCCAACAUCCUUGGACUGGUAGAAGACAGUGGAGAUCGGAAGCGAAGGGAGCUGGAACAGCCAGAGCCAAAGGCCAGCAGCUCAGCCCCCUGGUGGCCUGUGGCCUCUGCAGAGAAGAAGAAAAAGAUCACCUUGGACUGUGCCAGAGGCACUGCCAACUGCAUCGUCUACAGCUGCCCACUGUACAGCUUUGACCGGGAGGCAGUGCUUCACGUCUGGGGCCGCCUAUGGAACAGCACUUUCCUGGAGGAAUACACAGACGUCAAGUCUCUGGAUCUCAUCGUCCGAGCCAACAUCACUGUCAAGUCAUCUAUACAGAAUCUGGUGCUCCGAGAUUCCUAUACAGAGAUCCCUGUGGCUGUGUACCUAGACCCCAUGGCUGUGGUGGCUGGUGGGGUCCCUUGGUGGGUCAUCUUACUGGCUGUACUGGCUGGAAUCCUGGUGUUGGCUCUGCUCGUCCUCCUUAUGUGGAAGGUGGGAUUCUUCAAGAGGGCGAGGUACCCCGAGGCCACAGUGCCCCAGUACCAUGCGGUAAAGAUCCCCCGCGAGGACCGGCAGCUUUUCAAGGAGGAGAAGACAGGCACCAUCUUGAGGAACAACUGGGGUAGCCCCCGGAGAGAGAGUAUUGAUGGACACCCUAUUUUGGGUCCUGAUGGGCACUCAGAACUGGGAACCAGCGGACAUCCAGAGCUGGGAACUGCCUAGCUCAGCUCUUCACUUCUCCCUGGCAUGGCUCUGCCAUUUAUCUUUUCUCUGGUCCUCAGGGCAGCCUGCUUCCUCACAGCCUCCUAAAGAUGCCUUCAUAAGGAGGAGAGCAUGGGUGCCGGGGGAGUGGUUGUCUACAGAGUCGCCUUACCAAAAGGGUCCAGGAUCACUGACUCUUCCCCCUGCCUUGCUGCUCUCUCUCCUGUUUAUUUCUGCCUUCAUAAUCUUCUCAUUGGUUCUGGAAGCUUAUGGAGGCAGAGUCAGGGAGAGAGGAAGCAGGACCACUAUGCCAGUGAUGUGAAGAAGGGGAGAGAGAAAGAAUCAUGGUUCUCUUUACUUCUGUUUAUUCUUGAAAAACCAUGUCCCUUGUGCCUCCCUGGAAGUGCCUUAGCCUUGGCAGGAAGGAGAAGGUGAGGCUGCCCCUGGGACUCCUCCUACACACCCUAGACACCACUUUGCUGGGCUGACUCAGUGGUUUUUGUCUAUUUAUUAAAAAGUAUUUAAGUACCA